CGUUUCUUCAAGCUGCGUCCACCUGCAUGCAUGCACGGCCAGCUCUGGCAAGCUAUCACGGCAGUCUGCUCAAUGACAGAACCUACUCGGGUGCUCACCUGCUCCAAUGCCGUUGCUUGGCCCGGCUUGGCGUUUAUUCCUUUCAUCCCUGUGCUAACGUUUAUAUAGAAUCACUUAUCGCAGCCUUGAUACGUGAGGGCCCUUCGGUGUGUAUCUCAUCAGACUCCAGCGACUCCAGCCGCACACAGGACAUAGAUUCUCCGACGGCUCCCAGGCAUGUUCCGCAUGUUGCAGCCGCUGCUCCAUUUCCCGGCCCAGGGGUGACAGAUUAGAUAGGCAUGUCUCAGAACCCGGCGAGUCGUAGAAGAGAAGUCUUAUAGCAAGUUGCCUCGAGCACACGGACUCUUCGUCUCACUCGAUCGCACCGCUUCUGACGAUCCUCAAUGAGCGAGAUGCCCGACCCCGUCGACUACCACUUGCGCAACGCGUCCCGGCGGGAUGUGGCGCGGUCCCUCUCAAGAUCCGAGUCCAUUGACGAGAAGAAGACGGCCACGGUCGAGGUCGACGAGAAGGAUGUUGCUGUCGACGAUGUCUCCAUGGAUGACAUGGACUACAAGGACGAGGCACUGAGGCUAGUGGGUAUGGAACGAAAGGUGCAGUUCACCGACGAGCAAUACUUGAAAGUGCGCCGGAAAUUGGACCGUGUCAUUCCACCGUUAUGCGGUGCGGUGUACUUCACGCAAUAUUUGGACAAGACGGCGCUGAGUUACGCGAGUAUCAUGGGCUUCCCUGUGACAGGUCAAGGCUACAACAUUGUGGCGUUCUCCUUCUACAUCGGCUUCUUCGUAUGGGUCUUCCCGACGAUGUACAUAUCUCAGCGUACCCGUUUGGGAAAGUACUUGGGAUUUAACAUCCUCGCGUGGGGAGCAAUCAUGAUGCUACAUGCUAUCCCCAAAUCAUUUGCUCCUUUCUUCGUAUUGCGACUGCUUCUCGGGGCACUGGAGAGUUGCGUCGCACCUAUCCUUAUUCUCCUAGUGUCUAUGUUCUACAGGAAGGACGAACAGGCCUCCAGGAUUGCACUCUUCUACAUGAUGAAUGGCUUGUCCGCUGUGUUUGGUGGUUUCGUGGCCUACGGCGUGUCAUACACCAGUAAUCCGUCCAUUCCAUCUUACAAGAUAGUUUACCUUCUCCUUGGUGGCAUGGCUAUCAUUGUCGGUUUCUCAGUGCUUAUCUGGAUGCCCGACUCCCCCGCGCACGCGAAGUUCCUGAGUGAAGAGGAGAGGAUCGCCGCCAUCGAGCGUAUUCGCGAUGACCAAGGCGGGACGGAGAACAAGAAGCUCAAGAAGGACCAGCUGAUCGAAGCAUUCACCGACAUCCGAACCUGGCUUAUUGUCCUUUCUACGCUACUGACGAACAUUCCCAACGGUGGUCUUGCGAACUUCAGCAACAUCAUUGUGAAGGGAUACGGCUAUACCACGAAGGAAACCUUGAUUCUCACAGCUCCUAGCGGCGUGAUCGGGUUUUUCACGACUAUUAUUGUUGGGUGGUGGUCCGACAGAACAAAUGAACGAAUGCUGCCGAUUGUCUUCAUACUCAUUCCCACUAUAGUCGGCGCGGCAUUGUUGGUCGCCAUGAAUGGUACCCAUGACAAAGGGGUCAUUCUAUUCGCGGUGUAUAUUAUCGGUACCUAUGGAUCAUCACUCUCCCAGAUCUAUGCCUACAACGCAAGUAACACAAGUGGUCACACGAAGAAGGUCACGAUCAACGCCAUGACCCUGGCUACAUUCUGCGUCGCCAACAUCGUCGGGACGGAGACUUUCCAGCCAAAGGACGCGCCAGGCUACCUCCCAGGGAAGAUAUCGAUUCUCGUUCUUCUCAGCGCGGAGAUCUUCCUCUGCUUGUUCAUGCGGUGGUACAACCUGCACCUGAACAAGAAGAAACGGGGAGUUAUCGCGCAAUUGAAAGAGGCGAACGGGUGGUCUGAUGCAGAUGUUGAGAGGGAGAGGCAACGUCAUGCCUUCAUGGAUAUGACGGACCAACAGAACCCAUACUUUGUGUACACGGCAUGAAGACUCGCCUCACCUUGGCUGGUGUUGCACGAGACAGAUAUUAGUAUACGUGUGUGUGGGAGUGAGAAUGGAAAUGUAGACAGAAUGGCAACUUAAAUGAGCGCGGUUGUCGGCGGACAGUGCCGCUGCGUGUUCUUCACACCAGGA